AUGAACAAAACAGAUGCGAGCAUGGGCAGCAAGCCCAUGAGCGCAAAGCAGUUAACUGAGAGAGCAAGGGAGUUCGAAUGGAACCCACGCAUUGGUUUCAAGUACUGGGCGCGUGCCGCCGAGACUAUUCAUCACGAGCAGGGCCAAGUUUAUUUGCGAGAAGGCAACUACCCUCAGGCGUACCUUGUUCUAUUUCGAUACUCCAUCCUGGUCCUCGAAUGUCUCGCCAAACAUCCCGAAGCCAAAGAGCCCGAAGCAAGGAAAGCCACGAGACCACUACAAAAACGCAUCCCAAAGGUCAUUGAGAUCCUGGAAACACUGCGCCCCGAACUCGACGACGCUUAUGACCGAUGGGUGAAAAUUACAACCGCUCGGAAGGAUGCUGCUAAGAAUAAGGAUCUCACGUCCCUGGCCUCGUCGUCGCCAUACGCAAGGCACGCUGCCAACGACCCAGCACUGUCAUGGAACUAUGGCUCACCGGCGGACAUUCUUGACGCGCAAGAUCACCAAGAUCUCGCAGUCGACCUGGCCAGGGAGGAGAUGAGACGACGUAGACGGGCCGCUAGCGUGCUGGAGGAUGAGGAAUACCAACGCCGAGUUAGCAAACAACGGGAUGGACGGCAAUAUGAGAGUGACAGAAGGGCCCCACCGCCAUACAUGGACGACGACGAACUCCGGCGGCAGAUGGAAGCCACCCGGCGCCAUUUAGAUCGAUCCGACGACCAUCUGCAGCGGGAAGUUGACCGGCCACCCGCCAGGCUACCGCCGCGGCCCGAUGACGACUUGGACCUGGGACGGGGCUCUCCCAUACUCCCACCGCCCCGCCCGAGCAAGGAACUACUCCCUUCGAGCACUCUGCCAGAUUACAGUCCUCUUCCUGAACAAGCACCGGCGAUUCCCCCGAAGGCCAUCGCAGAGCCUGAGAAGCAGAAGCGGGUUACCUUUCGCCCGGCCGCAUACCUGGAGAACGGCGACCCUAUCAGGCCCGUCUUCCUCCCAAGCACUCUGCGACAAAAGUUCUUGGCGAUCGCAUCGGAUAACACGCGCCGAGGGUUGGAGAUGUGCGGGAUGCUCUGCGGCACAACGGUCAACAACGCGCUCUUCAUCUCGCAUCUGGUGAUCCCGGAGCAAAAGUGCACAUCGGACACGUGCGAGACGGAGAACGAGUCGGGCAUGCUCGACUACUGCAUCACCAACGACCUGAUAGUAAUCGGUUGGAUCCACACCCACCCCACGCAGACCUGUUUCAUGAGCUCGCGCGACCUGCACACCCAGGCCGGGUACCAGGUCAUGAUGCCCGAGAGCGUUGCGAUCGUGUGCGCACCGCAGUACGAGCCAUCAUGGGGCAUCUUCCGGCUCACCAACCCGCCUGGGCUCCCGCACAUUCUGUCCUGUCAACGGACGGAGACGUUUCAUCAUCACGGAGUCGACAACCUGUAUGUCGAGGCCGGACACCCGCAGGGUCACGUUUACGAGUCGAGGACCCUGGAGUUCGAGGUGUGCGACCUGCGUCCCGGGCAUUAGGCUGGCCCCGGGGAUUCUGGCGGGGAUUCUGAUGGGGAUUCUGACGGAGACUCGAGCGGAGACUCUAGCCGGGAUUCUGGCGGAUGUUUCGAUGGAGACUCUAUUGGAGACUCGGGCAGGGACUCUGGGGACGCCUUUGACGGAGUAUCUGACGGGGACUCUGGCGGGGAUCCUCAUGUUAUGGCACCGGCCGGCGAGACCAGCCGUUGGGUUCGUACGUCUUGGUUCGGUACGGUGUGGUACGAGUCUUUUGGGGAUGGUUCUUGGAGUUGCGCUGUGCGUACGAGCGACGGGUUUCAUCGGCUGAUGAUUGCAUCCUUUAUUGCCUAUGUUGGGUUGUUUAUCAUCGCGGUUGGGUUAUUGAUGGCCCGAAAGGACCGCUAGACCGCGUGGAUGCAACCCACCGACAGGUAUCGGCGCAGAAGAGCUCGGAUCCAGGUUGGACGAAACAGGC